AAACCCAAAGUAAAGAAAAGCAGAAACCAUGAAAAAUGGUUAAUAGACCCCUAAACCGAAGGAGAGAAAAGAGCCCAUACAAAAGCACAAUUGAAAAAAACCUCGUCUUCUCCGGUUUUGUUCUCUGUCUAACUAGGGUUUAGUAAGGGUUUUGAUUGCAAAUCUCCCUUCCUUUUGUUUGGGUAUUGUGUGUGGAAAGGAAGAAGAUGGUGAUGGAGGAAGGCAGCACUGCAGUUGGGAAAAGGAAAAGAAAUAUGGGUAAAAAGAAAGUUAAGAAGCCUAAGAAUAAGAAGCUUAAGAUGUUAGAGGGCAAAGGGAAAAAGCUUAGAGUAAGUAAGAAAAUGAGGAAUCUGUUUGAAAAACGUGCCCGUCAAUAUAAUUCCGACGAUGACGAGGAGGAGCGUGAGGAGGGGGAGGAAGCCCUCGGUGAUACCCGGAUCGGCCGCGGCGGUGAUAAUUCUUCUGAAGAAAGUGAUGGUUCAGAAGAAGUUGAAAUUCAACCUGGGGUUAUGAAGUUUACUGACGGUGUUAGAGCUUUCAGGUUGGCAUUUAAGAACAUUAUAAAGAGGAAUGUUGCUGAUGAUUCAUUGGGUCCAGUAUUAUCAGGGCAUAAGCAGCUUGUGGCAAAGAAGUUAGCUGAGGAGGAAGCUGAAAGGAAAGUUAAGGGAGAGGCUAAAAAAGAAAAACAUUUGGUUGCAGAGAAGGGGCAUGUCAAGCCUGCUAAUUACUUGGGUUCACAUGAAAAGUUUCUCAUUGGUAUUGCUACAAAGGGAGUGGUGAAGUUAUUCAAUGCUGUGAACAAAGCACAAAAGGCUGAGAAAGGACUGGACCCUUCAAGGUCUAAAGAUGCAAAAGUGAUAAGGAGGCGAAGGAAGGAAGCCUUCUUUUCAGAACUAGGCAAGACGUCACACGACUCUUCCAGUAAGGGUAAUACAUCUUCUGAUCCUAGGAACGAGGAAGAACCUGCAUGGGCACCAUUGCGUGAUAAUUACAUGCUAACAAAUCCUAAGUUGAAGAACUGGGAUAAAACGGCGGAAGCAGGCAUAGCUGAUGAUGCUGGAAGGAUGUCUGGAGAUAGUGGGUCAGAUGAUUAAUUUCAUCCGAAUUUAAGAAGCUUAAAGGUUAUGUCUUAUAUUUAGGUCAUAGAGCUAGUGCCUGUCAUUGUAUAACUGCAGAAAUUGCCCUUCAUUCUUUGACUACUCACCCAUGCGAUAUAAUGGUCUAUUUAUCAUCUGACAUUAUGAGUUAAAA